AAGCGCGGCUUAGGAAGUUCGUGUCAGCGCUGCCUGAGCUCGUCCCCUGGAUGUCCGGGUCUCCCCAGGCGGCCACCCGCUGGCUCCCAUCGUGACCUCCAGCCGCAGCGCCUCCCACGCCGGCCGCCGCGCGAGGGGAGCGCUCGGGCGCGCCGGGUGUGGUUGGGGGAAGGGGUUGUGUCGCGCGCGGGCUGCGUGCUGUGCCCACACAAAAGGUUCCGGGCGCGCAGGAGGGAAGAGGCAGUGCGCGCCACUCCCACUGAGAUUGAGAGACGCGGCAAGGAGGCAGCCUGUGGAGGAACUGGAAAGAUAAAAACUCUCCAGAUGUCUUCCAGUAAUGUCGAAGUUUUUAUCCCAAUGUCACAAGGAAACACCAAUGGCUUCCCCGCGACAACUUCCAAUGACCUGAAGGCAUUUACUGAAGGAGCUGUGUUAAGUUUUCAUAACAUCUGCUAUCGAGUAAAACUGAAGAGUGGCUUUCUACCUUGUCGAAAACCAGUUGAGAAAGAAAUAUUAUCGAAUAUCAAUGGGAUCAUGAAACCUGGUCUCAACGCCAUCCUGGGACCCACAGGUGGAGGCAAAUCUUCGUUAUUAGAUGUCUUAGCGGCAAGGAAAGAUCCAAGUGGAUUAUCUGGAGAUGUUCUGAUAAAUGGAGCACCGCGACCUGCCAAUUUCAAAUGUAAUUCAGGUUACGUGGUACAAGAUGAUGUUGUGAUGGGCACUCUGACGGUGAGAGAAAACUUACAGUUCUCAGCAGCUCUUCGGCUUCCAACAACUAUGACGAAUCAUGAAAAAAAUGAACGGAUUAACAGGGUCAUUCAAGAGUUAGGUCUGGAUAAAGUGGCAGACUCCAAGGUUGGAACUCAGUUUAUCCGUGGUGUGUCUGGAGGAGAAAGAAAAAGGACUAGUAUAGGAAUGGAGCUUAUCACUGAUCCUUCCAUCUUGUUCUUGGAUGAGCCUACAACUGGCUUAGACUCAAGCACAGCAAAUGCUGUCCUUUUGCUCCUGAAAAGGAUGUCUAAGCAGGGACGAACAAUCAUCUUCUCCAUUCAUCAGCCUCGAUAUUCCAUCUUCAAGUUGUUUGAUAGCCUCACCUUAUUGGCCUCAGGAAGACUUAUGUUCCACGGGCCUGCUCAGGAGGCCUUGGGAUACUUUGAAUCAGCUGGUUAUCACUGUGAGGCCUAUAAUAACCCUGCAGACUUCUUCUUGGACAUCAUUAACGGAGAUUCCACUGCUGUGGCAUUAAACAGAGAAGAAGACUUUAAAGCCACAGAGAUCAUAGAGCCUUCCAAGCAGGAUAAGCCACUCAUAGAAAAAUUAGCAGAGAUUUAUGUCAACUCCUCCUUCUACAAAGAGACAAAAGCUGAAUUACAUCAACUUUCCGGGGGUGAGAAGAAGAAGAAGAUCACAGUCUUCAAGGAGAUCAGCUACACCACCUCCUUCUGUCAUCAACUCAGAUGGGUUUCCAAGCGUUCAUUCAAAAACUUGCUGGGUAAUCCCCAGGCCUCUAUAGCUCAGAUCAUUGUCACAGUCAUACUGGGACUGGUUAUAGGUGCCAUUUACUUUGGGCUAAAAAAUGAUUCUACUGGAAUCCAGAACAGAGCUGGGGUUCUCUUCUUCCUGACGACCAACCAGUGUUUCAGCAGCGUGUCGGCCGUGGAACUCUUUGUGGUAGAGAAGAAGCUCUUCAUACAUGAAUACAUCAGCGGAUACUACAGAGUGUCAUCUUAUUUCCUUGGAAAACUGUUAUCUGAUUUAUUACCCAUGAGGAUGUUACCAAGUAUUAUAUUUACCUGUAUAGUGUACUUCAUGUUAGGAUUGAAGCCAAAGGCAGACGCCUUCUUCGUUAUGAUGUUUACCCUUAUGAUGGUGGCCUAUUCGGCCAGUUCCAUGGCACUGGCCAUAGCAGCAGGUCAGAGUGUGGUUUCUGUAGCAACACUUCUCAUGACCAUCUGUUUUGUGUUUAUGAUGAUUUUUUCAGGUCUGUUGGUCAAUCUCACAACCAUUGCAUCUUGGCUGUCAUGGCUUCAGUACUUCAGCAUUCCACGAUAUGGAUUUACGGCUUUGCAGCAUAAUGAAUUUUUGGGACAAAACUUCUGCCCAGGACUCAAUGCAACAGUAAACAAUACUUGUAACUAUGCAACGGUGGUCAGGAUGAAGUGGAUGGGAAAAAUGGGACCAGAAAAGGAGGAACCACCAUGGGCUUCAUGGUAAUGGAAGAUGAGGCUUCAUCCUCAGUAGACAAAGGAGGAAGAUAUUCCUUUUUUUUUUUUUUUUUGAAACGGAGUCUCGCUCUGUUGCCGAGGCUGGAGCGCAGUGGCACAAUGUCCGCUCACUGCAAGCUCCACCUCCCGGGUUCACGCCAUUUCCUGCCUCAGCCUCCCGAGUAGCUGGGAUUACAGGCGCCCACCACCACACCUGGCUAAUUUUUUGUAUUUUUAGUAGAGAUGGAGUUUCACCAUGUUAGCCAGGAUGAUCUCGUCUCCUGACCUCGUGAUCCACCUGCCUCGGCCUCCCAAAGUGCUGGGAUUACAGGCGUGAGCCACUGCACCCGGCCAGGAGGAAGCUAUUCUUAUAGUAAAAGAGAGGCUAUGUAUGUUUUUGGAAUUGCUGAAUUCCCAAGAGUUGCACAAAAAUGGUAUCAGGCAGUAACUGUGGCUGUCCAAGGUCUUUUUAGUACAAGAUGAUUUCCUAACCUGUGGCAAGGAGUUCAUCCUACUCUACUCUAGCUGCCACUUAAGGCUUAAACCUGAUAGCUGAGUCUGCUGGGAAUGUCUUGUACCUGAGUAUCUGUGAUGCUCCUCACAGUUUUGGUGUAAGAGCUGACAGAACGUGACUUUGGCAGGAAACCCAUGCACACCUCUUUUCCUGGUUUUGGAAUUCUUAACCUGUGUUGUUUUUUAUGGCUAUGUGUAAGAGUGAAGAGUACUGUAAGAGCUUUGAUCAUCUUAGUAAGGGUCACAGGUGUCAUCUGUUUAAGCGGAUAUUUUCUUUAUCAGGGAUAAGGGAACUAUUACUUGAUAAAUAUUUCUGCCCUUUGGAGAGAGCAGCAUUACAGAUUUGAAAACCAAUAAAUUUGAGUAGGCUAAAAACUUGAUGAUUCAAAGUAUGACUCUGUAAACCUGGUCAAGUUCCUUAAACGUGAGUCCCCUCAUCUUUUAAGUGUGUACAAUGUCUAUCACAUUGGAUUGUUUUAGGAAUUAACUAAGUUAGGUUCAUGUUGCUUGUUAGUGUCUAGCAAAAUUGUAAGCACACAAUGACUGUUAGCUAUGACAUCUGAAGGGGUAAUUAUUAAAGGCUUGGUUAAAUUUAAGGCUCCUUUAAGGAACAGUGGAUAUACUGAGUAACAUUUGACAGAUGCUAGGAAUGAAGUUAUAUUCUCUUUCUGUUGAAUUUCAGAUGUACUGGCGAAGAAUAUUUGGUAAACCAGGGCAUCGAUCUCUCACCCUGGGGCUUGUGGAAGAAUCAUGUGGCCUUGGCUUGUAUGAUUGUUAUUUUCCUCACAAUUGCCUACCUGAAAUUGUUAUUUCUUAAAAAAUAUUCUUAAAUUUCCCCUUAAUUCAGUAUGAUUUAUCCUCACAUAAAAAAGAAGCACUUUGAUUGAAGUAUUCAA